GCCACCACCACAACAUUCAAGCAAAAUUGAACUCCUGAGAGCCACGUAGAACCUUGAUGUUAAUUUGGAAAGCUUGCGGUACGAGGUAUAGAUCAUGAAGACAUUUGUGCUACUCUCCAUCUUCGCAGCUGUGGCAGCUGCUCGAGAGUUCAACUACACUGAAGACGUUUCAACUAAUCCUAGACCAAUUUAUGAGACCACCGUCCCAUCUAUCCCACAUGGCGAGACCAACGAAACAACUGCCACUGAAGCACCAGAAUGCCGCCCGCUUUGCACCGACUGGAUCUUGCCUCAUCCCAGGGACUGCACCAAGUUCUUCCUUUGUUCUAACCUCGCCCCGUACGAGAUGGACUGCCCUGCCAAACUGCACUACUCAGAGGAACGUAAGAGGUGUGACUACCCUGACGAGGCGGGGUGCACCGCAUACCCUACAGCAUCUUGUGACAACUCCGACUCUCCACCUGCUUGAUGACCGAUCAUCGUUACUGGUGAAAACUUUUCAUAUGCGCAGAAUUGGUCUUUAAAGAGCAUUGUUUCAUUUGAGCUGUCAUUAUGUUCUAUGCUUAUUAUUUUCGAAACUGAAGUCAUUGAUCUUUACUCUUUUUCAUCGCUUUGGUAGUUCUUUUCUAACUUGAGCUCUCGUAACUGCUUUCGAUACGGAUCAAGCUACUGUAACCGGUGCCGCUCACUUUUCUGUAGCACUGUACACAUUAAUCAUGCAGACACAUGUAAUGGAAAAUUUUCCCACAUUUUAUUUACGUUAUUCACGUAUAUAUCCUCAUUGGUUGGUAUUUAAUUACUAGUGGUAAUAAUUCUACCCCUAUAUUCUCAAGAAGACCAAUCGAUAAGCAUUUCUUAUUUCGUAAAAAGAAUGCAAUAAGAAGUACAAUUUGCUUUUAUAUGAGAGUAAAGACUAUUUCCAUUUAAAUUCUUCGUUACUCUCGAAAAUAUGCGAUAUAAUUUUCUUCUUUCUGACCCGAUGUUAGUGAAGCCACUAUAAUAGUUGAGAUACUCUGAGUAAAUUGUCUCGAUAAUAUGUUCUCUGGCUGCCAUUUUUGGCAUUGUUCUUCUACAGAGUAGUGAAGGCAAUAAUUUAAGGCCAUUUCCUGAUAAUGUGAAGGCAAUCUCCUGAUAAUUUUAUUUUAAAAUAAAUUAUUAUUUUAA